AUGCGGAUUUUGUGUGUUAUUGUUAUCCUCCUGCGACUCGGAGCAUUGCGAGAUAUAGCUGCAGAUGAAAAGGGGAGGUCGACGAGAAGUUGGUGGGAUGCAGUGCCCCGACUUUUGACUGAAAUCGCUACCAUUAAGGCGAACAUACUCACAGCUGCUCCACUUGAAUUGGCCUCCAACGUAAUGGAUGCUGUGUGUUCCUCCACCCUUUUUAUGGACAGAAUCCCUUCGCAAAUCACUCCGGACAUAAGGAAGAUGCAUUUUCAGUACAUGACGCCCUGCCAGAACUACAGUGUUCCUCUACUGGAGGCCUCCAAGUUGUGGAAGCACUCUAGGUUUAGCAAAGGACGUAAGGUGGUAAUUCUGGCCACCGGAUGGACCAACACCGUAAACGAAUCCUCGGCCAUUUCAAUGAUCUCCAAGGCAUUCAUGUGUCGUGGCGAUGUGAAUUUUGUGAUUGUAGAUGCAGCUGACUAUGUGGACACCUUCUACUCUUGGUCGGCGCUAAACACGGAUUUAAUUGGCGAGCAUAUUGGAGUUGGUCUGACCCACCUUAUACAGCUGACCCCUCUUCGAAAUAUCCACUUGAUUGGACAUUCACUUGGAGCUCACAUAAUGGGCACAGCUGGUCGGACUUUUAAGAAACUUACAGGAAAACUUAUCCCCAGGAUAACUGGCUUGGAUCCGGCCAAGCCGUGUUUCAGGCGGGAAAAUGUCCUGCCAGGACUGACGCGUGGAGAUGCCAAGCUGGUGGAUAUAAUCCACACUAACAUUGGUAUUUUGGCAAAGCGGGGACCCCUUGGGGAUGUGGACUUUUAUCCCGGCGGAGCACAUCCCAUCCAGCCGGGCUGCCUAACCAUCGGGUGCUCCCAUACCAGAGCGGUUGAGUAUUUCGCCGAGAGCGCAUAUCCACACCAGGAGCAGAACUUCAUGGGCAAGAAGUGCGCUUCUUGGGAUAAACUCAGAAAACGGGAUUGUUCUGCUGGCACAGUUUCUCCUAUGGGCUAUAAAAUGAAUCCGCAAGCCAGGGGCAUGUACUACGUAGAUGUUAAUGGCUGGCCCCCUUACGGCCGAAACUCGAGGGAAACUAUUGAUCCUAGACUAAAAACGUGCUAUCUAUGCCAAAACUAA